UUUUUUUGAAGAAUCUAAAAAUGUAUUAAAUUCUCUUGUUAAAGGAUUAUAUGAAAGAAAGAUUAUUUUAAUCAAUGACCGUAGAGUAAAAUAACAAAAAAAUAUGAAAAAGUGGAUUGAACUUUGGCGCAUUGGGAUUUCGUUUCAUGCGCAACAUUAUUUUCCAGUUUAUAUUCAACCCUUCAGUUCACGAGGUUGGAAUUGUAUAAGGGUUGAAAAACGUGUGUCAUGUAACUUAAAGAAAAUUCACAAAAAUCUAAUUAAAAAUAUGAAAUUAGGUGUGAAAAUUUCCUAGAAAAAAAAAGAGAAGAGAAUAAUAAAAUGCGAUUCCGAUUCGCAAGAGGAAUAUUAAUUUUAAUAUUAUUGGGCAAUAUAAUAGUUUGGCAUAAAAUUUGGAGGUUAUUCACUGUACAAAAUAAUAAAUUACAAUUAAAAGAAAUUAGUUUAGUUGGUGAUAAUCAACAAAAAUUUCAUCGACGUCUCGCUCGUCUUGUAACUGUUGUUAUAAGACAAUUUGAAACAUUUGAAAAUGAUGUAGCCGCAACAGUGGAAUCAAUUUUAAAUUCAUUUCCAAUUAUACAAAUUUUAAUUGUAUGCGAUGAAUUACCCUAUCCGCCACUUGAAUUAAAUUUAUCAAAUAGCACAUCGCAAAAUGUGAGACUUAUUAAUUUACAACCAGGAUUUAAUAAAUCAUAUGACGAACGAAAUCCAUUGUUUUAUGUACGUACAAAAUUUAUUCUUAUUGUUCCUGAUGCCACCAGGAUAUCAAGUAAACACACGUUACAGGAUAUGAUUAAUCAUGUUACAAAAGUGGGAACGACAAGCGUUGCUGUUGGUAAAAAUUCUUUAACAUGUUUAAAUAUGGGAUUAAAAAUUAAAGAAUGGAGUUUACGUAUCACAAAUAUUGGUGGUACAAUAUGCGAUGCUGUGAUUGGAAGGCAUGUUAUAAUGUUAGAGACUUCGUUAUUAAAAAAAUUAUCUGAUCCAUUCAUGUUGCCGUUCACCGAUUCGCUUUAUUUGCAAACAAGGGCCAUUGGAUUUAAGGUAAAUAUUUUGAGAAAACAUCGCUUUAAUGAGGGAAGACCAUUGUAUCGUAAUCAACAGACACAAUGGAAAAUACAACAAUUACAUCGCACAAGAGAACGUGGAAUGUUGGAAAAAUUUGGUAUUAAAAAAGUUAUACGACCAUCAAGUAUCAUUGAAUGGUAUGGAUGCUCAAGGGAAACUGUACGUUGUUUUGGCUCAGUUGUUAAUGGAGUACCAUCAUAUAUUUAUCAAAAUAGAUAUACACCACCGUGUUGUCUCGCGAGUUUAAGAAAAGUUGCCUAUCAUGUUUUCGAUAAACUCGAAGAAGUUGGAAUUCGUUUUUGGUUAGAGGGCAAUUCAUUAUUGGGCGCAAUGAGAAAUGGUGAUAUAUUACCGUGGCAUCAUGAAAUUGAAAUUGGAAUUAAUCGUGAUGAUCUUGGUAGAUCGCCAUGGUUAAUGAAAGCACAAAAUAAGCCAAUUAUUGAUAAUCAUGGUUUUGUUUGGGAGAAAGCGACUGAGGGUGAAUUUUUUAAAAUACAAUAUUCAAAAAUUAAUCGUUUACAUGUUAAUUUAUUGCCAUUUUAUUCAAAUAAUGGAACAAUGAUAAGAGACGCAUGGUUUUUAAAAAAUCGCGAUUUUCCCGAACAAUUUCUUCAUCCAAUGUCAACAAUUGAUUUUGCUGGUCGUCAAGUUCCUAGUCCAAAUAAUAUACGUGAUUUCUUAGAAAUUAAAUAUUACAAAGGGGUAAUAGAAAAUCCAGAGAUACCUGGCAAGAUAUCUUUGGAGUAAAAUAAAAUUAGUAGUCUUCCAAAUGAAAAAGAAAAAAAAAAUACUUCGUAUUAUCUGUUUCAGUCAGACUGAUUCUUGAUCAAAUGUGAUAUUUCAAGGGAUUUAUAUUAUAGAAAUAGGUAAUAUAAUUUUUUUUAAAUUGUUUAUUUUUUUAGUUACGAUUUUGUAACUAUUUUUUUAUAUUUCGGAGGAUUUUUUAAUAAUUAAUAAAA